UUAGGUUUUCCAGGCGGCGAGCGCCCGUCUCCCCCCCUCGCCUCCGUCAUCAUGUCAUGUUUCCCCGCUGCCGUCCGCCGCUCGUUGCAGGCGCUGGGAAGCAGACGUGCAGCUGCUGUAGCCAUGAGGGAGUUCCUGUUCCUGCUCCUGUUGGCGUCAGCGGCGUCCUCCAGGUCUCACAGCACCUGGUGCGAAUCAGGCUGCAAGUGUCGGGGAGAUCUGAGGUUCGCCAUCUGCUCGCGGGCUUUCUUCACCCACCUGCCCGCCAGAGUCCCACCCACCACCGAGCUGCUGGACCUGUCCGACAAUCACAUCUCGGUCAUCCCGGAGCGCUCGUUCGGCAUGAACCGCAAGCUGCGCGUCCUUCUGUUGCAGAACAACAACAUCAGCGCGGUGCGAGACGGCGGCUUCUCGCUGCUGGAGUUCCUGCAGAAGCUGGACCUCAGCCGGAACCGGAUCGCCACGCUGGGCGAGGGUUUCUCCGCGGGCUUGGCCUUUCUGCGGGAGCUCCAGCUGGCCCACAACUCGCUGAGCGGCCUGGACAGCCGCAGCUUCGUGCACCUGGACAGCCUGCAGAGGCUGAACCUGAGCGGCAACGCCAUCCACGCCAUCCAGGUGAGGUCGUUUGCCUCCAUGAGCGGCCUGCGGCAGCUGCACCUGCGGGCCAACCGGCUGAGCACGCUCAGCAGCGGCAUGUUCUCCAUGCUGCGCUCGCUGGAGGUCCUCGACCUGGCCGGGAACCGGAUCAACGAGACGCGGGCGGGGGUGUUCAAGCCGCUCACCAGCAUGACGCUCCUCAACCUGGCCGACAACCGGCUGAGCAGCCUCUACUUCAAGACCUUCCUGAGCAUCCACACUUACAGCACCCACAUCCUGCUGGAGGGCAACCCUUGGAACUGUGACUGCGACCUGCAGAGGGUGUUCCGGAAGCUGCGGAGCGUCCAGAGACUCUUCCUGGACGACUAUUACAACCUGACGUGCGGGCAGCCCGCGGCGCUGCGCGACUACCGGCUGAUGGAGGUGGACACGGAGCUGUGCCUGGCCGAGACCGUCACCGUGCUCAUCAUCACCGUCACCGUGGUGAUAACCUUGUUGGCCGCCAUGCUGAUGGGGGAGAGGAAGAGGAAGAAGAAGAAGAGGGGGAAGCACUGGACGCAACAAGGGGAACUUUCCGAUGAGUCAGACUAUUGAUCACGACCCUUUAUUCAUGUAUGACAUCCAGCAUAUUAUUUCCAUAUAACGUCUUCAGGUCAGUUUUAUUAGGUUUACCUAAAAAAAAGGAACCUCUGUUUUGCCUUUAUUUAUUGUUCUAGUUUU